AUGCAGCGGCUGUCUCGGGCCGUGUCGUGCGUGCAGCCCCUGGCGCAGUGCGCCGGGGCGCGGAUGUCGACGCUGGCGCGAUACAGAGCCUGCGAUACGGACAAGAUCCUCCUGCAGGGCUGCGAGUUCCACGGGUACCACGGCGUGCUCCCGGAGGAGAGAACGCUUGGUCAGAAGUUUCGAGUCGACGUGGAGAUGACGUGCGGGGACCUCUCGGCGGCCGGGCGCAGCGACGACCUCCGCGACAGCGUGGACUACGCGCAGGCCUUCCAGGAGGUCAAGAGCGUCGUAACGGGGGAGGCGCGGGAGCUGGUGGAAACCGUGGCGGAGGACAUCAGCAUGCGAUUGUUUGCGGUGAGCUCCAAGGUCCAAAAAGUGCGCGUGCGCGUGACGAAGCCGCACGUCGCGAUCGACGGGCACCUGGGCGCGCUCGGCGUGGAGAUCGAGCGCGAGCGCGCUCCCGCCUGGGCGUGA